AUGGCCGAAGAGCAUGAUGCUCCUGUGGCUGAUGAACCUGAAGCCUAUGUUGCCGAUGAAGUGAAGGCUCAGGAUCCCCAGGCUCCUGAUGUUGAUGAGCUAAGGACUCAUGAGCCUGAAGCUCCCAAAGAUGAUGAAUCAAGUUCCCAGGAAUCCAAAUCUCCGCAGUCCAGUGAAGAACUGAAAGACAACGAAUUUGAAGAUGAUGUUGAAAAACAUGAGAUUCCUUUAACUGAGGAACAACAUGGUGAACAACCUGAGGAUUUUGUGGAGGAAUCUCUACAUCCUACAGAGCCAGAAAGUCAUGUCCCCAAAGAAGAGAAAAGCAAGGAAACUAAAACCCAUGCUCCUGAAAUUGCAAAACCUGAUGAAUCAGAAUCUGAAAACCAGAUGCCUGAAAAAACUGCUACUCCCACCGUCCCAGAACCCAAAGAAACUGUACACGAAGCAGCCUAUGCAGAUUCCACCUCUACAAAUGAAGAUAAGAUAUAUGAGAAAAUGUCUAUUACCAACAGUGUUGAUUACCUUAUUCGAGAUGAAUUAGAUGCUGCUGAUGAAUUGUUGAAGGAUUCUCCUAGAGAAGCGUUAGAAACGUUUAAUAAUCUUCUUUCCAAAAAUAUGAAAAGUCCACGUGCUACAUAUGGUCGCGCCGCAGCCCUGAGCGACAUUGCCAAACUGGAAUCCAGUAAUCAAAUUCUUGAACAAAGUAUGCACGUUCUGGAAGUGCUCUUAAGUAACCCAGAUACGCCAGAUGCAUUACUUUUAAAAGGAGGCUUAGACCUCGCUAAAAAGCAACACUUCAGAGGGUGGACCAAACGAGCAGUUAAAACCUUGACAUUCUUAAACUUGCGUUUUCCACAUGACACUGUUGUGCAAAAUGAACUUGGAGUUACGUACUUGCUGUUAGGCCGAAAUGAAGACGCUAAAACAAUUUUUCAAGAUGUUCUAAAAAACCAUCCUAGAAAUGGCUUUGCUAUGGUUCAUUUGGGCUUCAUCAUCAAAACACAUGAUAAUAAUCCUGCCAAAGCUAUUCCUUACCUGCGAGAUGGUAUUGCAACAGGUGAAAAGGGUGUCCUUGAUGCAAGAUUCUAUUUCCAUCUUGGGGAUGCAUAUCAAAGAGUUGGACAGAAUAAGCAGGCUAAAAGAGUUUAUGAAGAUGGUGCUGCCAGAAAACUCUUUCUCUCCUGGGAUCAACGCUCUCUAUACAAUGUUGACAGACUCACUGCUAAACCUUGGUGGGAUCCUGAAGAACUACCUUACAAAAAAUCGCUAGAGACAUUGGAAAACAACUGGGAAACUAUUCGAGAUGAAGUUUUAUCAUUAAUUUCCUCAUCGAAUGAUGCUUUUGUUGAUGAAAUAGAAAAACUUCGAGAAAAAGGAGUCUGGAAACAAUUAACACUUUAUCAAAGAGGUAUUAAAGCAAGAAAUGGUUGUGAAUAUACUCCCAGAACCUGUGCCAUUCUUCAAAGAUUACCUGACACAAUCAAUUGCAAACGAGGACAGGUUAAAUUUUCCCUAAUGCAACCAGGUACCCAUGUAUGGCCUCACUGUGGCCCAACUAAUUGCCGAAUAAGAGCUCACCUAGGUUUGGUUGUACCUUCAGGUGCUAGGAUAAAGGUUGGAAACCAUACCAGAGAAUGGAAAGAAGGAAAGUUCAUUAUAUUUGAUGAUUCAUUUGAGCAUGAAGUGUGGCAUCAAGGGAAUACAUCCAGAGUUGUUCUUAUCGUGGAUUUAUGGCAUCCAGAACUGACAGCUGCAGAAAAAGCUACUUUGCCACCAAUUUAA